AUUGUAUUACAUUAACUUUAUUAAUAAUUAUAAUUAUUGCAACAAAUUUUAAUUGUAACAGUUUAUAACUAAGUUAUAAUUCUUAGUUUUAUCUCCUUGGUUCAAAGAAUUGUAGUAUAUUAGAUAAAUUAUUCUUUUAUUUGAUUAUAUACUAUGAUUUUUAUCAUAACCUAACCUAUUAAAACUCAUUUGAGCACCACCGUCAAACAUGGGUUUCCCAUAUUCUGAAAACUAAUUAAAUCUUCGUGACUACUGUUUCUCAAGAAAUUAACUGUCGUAAAUAUAAUGUCUGUGACAACAGUUGAGAAAGAGUUUGAGUUUAAAUAUGGCAGUUCUUCAAAAGAGAGGAAAGUGCAGUUAAAAGUGCCUAUUCCAUUAGCAAUCAGUAUUCCUGAAUGGGGAUCCCGUCUUAUGUCCCACAAUAAAAUUCCUUUUUAUGUAGAGGAAGAUCUGUUUAAAGCUUUAAAAGAUUUCACUCAGCAAGAGACUGCUAAUUAUUAUGAUGAAUUGGAAUCUCAAGCUUUCAAUAAAUUAAGGAAUGCAGAUUCAAAUGAAAUUGAUGAAUUAAUUAAUAAAUGGACUAAAGCUUUCGAAGGGGAACAUCUAAAAUAUGCAAAGUUGGAACAACCAUGUGAAAGUAAUUCAUUUCCAGAGAUGUAUCACAAACUCAUUCAUUCACCAGCCCUUGAAACAAUGUUAAAUCUUGAACAUUCAUAUGCUUUGGCUGUGGGAGAACUUGUGCAAGCUCGUAGCCAGGCUUUGAAUGAAAUGCAGCAGAGGCAAUCAAUGGAAAUGGAAAGAGCUGUUCCUAAAGUUGGAAUAUCUUUGACCGAUAGAGAUAUUAAUGAUAUGGCUACGCGACAUUUUACUGAAACUGAAAAUAUUACUGAAUACUGGGAUCGAAAAAUAAGUAACUUAAAAGAGACUCAAAAGAGAGAAUUCCAUGAAUGGGUACUAAAAGUGCAUGAAGAUUAUCAAAGUGGUUUUGGCUCACCAGGUUACUUACAAAGAGUACGAGCUUUAUCAGAGGCUGCACCAGUUGAAGACGAUAGUGACUGGACACCACAACCUCAGAGAAUGGAGGAGAGUUUCACAAUUCAUUUAGGUUCCCAACUGAAACUGAUGCAUAAUCUAAGGCUGUUAUCUGCAGAUGUACUUGAUCUUUGUCGACAUAAAUUAAAUAAAGUUGGUGGAAUUGUUGUUCCGCAACCUCAACGUUUACAGACAGCUAUCUCUUUGUAUUCAAAUAAUCUAAAUGGUCUUGUCCUAUUAGUAGAUAACAGAAUAAACUCUUACACAGGAAUAAAAAAAGAAUUUGCAGAUGUAUGUAAAAUGUCUACAGAAUUCCACUUUGAAGAUAUAGAUAAGGCAAUUGAAUUAAUUAAAGAAGAAAGCAGAAAAGUGGCUGACUGGCGUGCAGCUAAUUCAUCACAAGCUGAUAGCAGCAGUCAAAGCAGUAGUGGUAAAUCAAACUCAUCAGAUCAUUCUCAAACAAGAAGUAGUCCUGCCACCCUUAAAACGGGAGACUUUUACAUCACUCGCCAUUCUAAUCUCUCAGAAGUACAUAUUGUUUUUCAUUUGGUAGUUGAUGAUACAUUACGAUCAGCUGAUGUAAAUUCAAGACACCCAACAAUACUAGGAUUACGAAACAUAUUGAGAGUGGCACAUGAGCACGAUAUUUGUACAGUUACCAUACCUCUUCUUCUAGUUCAUGAAAUGUCUGAAGAAAUGACAAUUCAGUGGUGUUUAAAAAGAGCUGAAUUAAUCUUUAAAUGUGUUAAAGGUUUUAUGAUUGAAAUGGCAUCUUUAGUUGGAGAUGAAACAAGAACAGUGCAAUUUCUCGUGCCAAAGGGCAUAUCAGAAGAAUUGUUUAUGAAUUUAUCAAAUUUAUUACCAGCUAUAUUUAGAGUGUCUAAUCCUGUUGUAUUAAAAUAGAUUAUCAUCGCAAUUACAAAAGAGAAUAAUUUAAUUUAUUUAUGUAAAUUUUUAAUU